GAGCAAACAACUACUGACACAAUCUACAAGACAUCAAAAGUAACCAUUGAUGGCACAGACUAUGGCUGUGGAAUGUUUCUGUCUGUAGGAGUCAGCGGUGGACUAUCUAAAUUCAGCAAAAUAGAACAGAUCUUCCUUGUCAAUCACAAUGUAUCUUUUCUGUGUUGUGAUUAUGACUCUUGGUAUGUAGAACAUCUACGGUCCUACGAGCUGUCGACUGCAAAUACAAGCCUGUCAAUCCACCUUCAGUCUGAGUUGAAUGAUACAGCCCCCCUCUCAGCAUACAAGGUAGACGGAUCGCUGCUGCUGACCCCCAAGAGGUUCAUUCAAGUGAGAGGGAACUGAGUUCAGCACAAUGGCAGCUGCAUCUCCACAACCAAUGAUCCUUCGUGUUGUUGAUCCAGACCAGGCUAGAAAACUAAAACUCAGCUCAAGACCAGCCUCUGUUGAUGCACUGAUCAAGAUUAUAAAAGAACAAUUGGAAAUUGACCUCCACUUUGAUUUGCUGUAUGAAGAUCCAGACUUUGACGGGAAGCUUACUUCCCUUACAGACAUUCAGGAUUUGCCACAAAAAGCUAUUGUCCACAUCGCAGUUUCAGAGGACUCCAGCUCUAUUGCAUCUACUAUUCUGCUUUCAGAUGUGUCAUCUCCAGAGCGUCUCUGCAGAUGGCCUCCUGGUCCUUUUCCAGUUCCCACAUUUGCAUUUGAUGUUGAGCUGAAACUUCGAGAUGGAAAUGCAGAAUAUGAGAAGAGCAACACACACCUUAAGUUGACAAGAGACCUUAAGCACGACAUUUUGGAAAACCUUGCAUCGACUAUAUAUGGUUUUAAGGCUUACCCAAGUGAUAAAGAGAUUGCAAUGGCUGCUGAGGCUCUUGUAGCCAAACAUCCCUGUUUGAAGGAAGCUGGAUCUGAAACUGGCUGGAAUGGGUGGAAAAAUAGCAUCAAGUUUAAGAUGGGCAAUUUCCGAAGCAAGAUGAGACGGGCUGGUUGUCAGGAGGUUAGCGUUAAUGCCGGAAAAAAAGAAGCAGAAGUAAUCCUGAAAAUGAACCUUCACAUUCCAACAUUAAAAGACCCAAGCGAGCUGAGAUCAACUUCCUCAUUCUCGUCAUUGAAGGUGAUGUUGUGGUCAGCCUCCCCAGACUUGGUGAAGCCUUCCUGGUAG